UUGGAGAGCAACACCAGUUCUGGCGUUCGGAGUUCCCGUUAAUUCUGCAUUCCUCUCCUUGGCUCAAGAACUGCUCUUGUUUAGAGACAUGAUGCCAUCAUUGUUAGCCUUCACUACCUGAGUUCAAAAUGACUGAGAUACAAGCUACUGUGGAAUUUUCUGUGGAGCUCCACAAAUUCUACAAUGUGGAUUUAUUCCAAAGAGGUUUUUACCAGGUUCGAGCUGCUGUGAAAUUGCCUCCCAGAGUUCCACACAAGAUAGAAGCAAGUCUUUCCCGUUCAGUAGUUCCAGGAUGUGAUAUUGCGUUUCCUGCUUCUGCUCAUGAUAGUAUGAUUUGCAGCAAAACGUUUCAGAUUCUUUACAAAAAUGAAGAAGUCGUUGUUAAUGAUGCUAUGAUUUUCAAAGUUAAAAUGCUGCUAGAUGAAAAGAAGAUAGAAGAUUCACUCAGCGAAAUGAAUUUUCAGCUUUGUUUAGAUUUAUACUUCACUGACACAGAUUAUUCACCAGAUGACCUAAAUUCUUUGCAACUCAUAAGCAGUCGAAUAUUAAAAUUGCACUUUAGCCUUCAGCGAGGACUUCAUCAACAUGUAAAUGUCAUGUUUGAUUACUUCCACCUCUCUGUUAUAUCAGUCACCGUUCAUGCUUCUCUUGUUGCAUUACACCAGCCUUUAAUAAGUUUUCCUCGUCCAGUUAAAAACACUUGGUUAAACAGAAAUGCUCCAGUACAGACCAAGGACUCUGGAAUUCCUACCCUUGAAAGUGUGGUUUUUGGCAGUAACUAUGUAAAACAGCUGUCAGCAGAUGGCAACAGCUUCAUAAUAUCAGAGAGCUACUUGCAGCAUGCCUAUAGACUCCAUUCGACACUCUGUACCUGCUUGCUUGUGGCAUAUCAGGGCCUCUUUUCUUAUUUCAGUAUGAUAACACAGUUGCUCUCCUCUUCUCACAGGUUGGAACUGGCCAAGGCCAGCAUGCAGGUCCUUUAUGAACGACUUCUGAGAAGGAAAUGCCAGCGUUUCCAGAGAGGAGCCUUUAUAGAAAAAAAUGAUACUGAAGCUCGUCUUAAAGAACUAUGUGAUGAAGUAAAGAAGCUGGAAAAUCCUGAUGAGCUAGCAGAGCUAAUCAACAUGAACCUUGCACAGAUUUGCUCCCUUCUAAUGGCCCUUUGGGGACAGUUUUUGGAGGUGGUGACUUUGCAGGAAGAAAUUACAGCCCUAUUAGCACAAGACAAUCAUACAAUGAGAGUUCGAAGGUUUGCUGAAGCAUUUUUCUGUCUUGAACAUCCAAGACAGGCUGCCCUUGCUUAUCAAGAACUGCAUGCCCAGAGUCAUUUGCAGAUGUCUGCAGCUAUUAAAGCAUCUACCUAUUUUAGUUCUCUUCCACCUCUUCCUUUAGAAUGCACUGAAUUAGAUGGAGAUGUCAACUCACUACCUAUAAUAUUUGAAGAUCGGUACCUUGAUUCUGUUACUGUAGACUUGGAUGUACCCUGGUUUGCAGCUCAGCAUGUGCAGAAAAUCGCUGUUAGCAAUAAAACAGAAAGUACAGAGACUGAGGAGAGUGCAACCUUUGGAUUUUCCAGUCCAGAAUCCAGAUCCCAGAUUGCAAGUUUGUCCAGUAAUAGGUGUGCUGAAAUUGAAAAACAGCUCAGUAGAUCUCAGAAGGGAAGGAGCGAGGAGCCUAAUAAAUCCAAAGUCAAAUCAACUAAACUAAUGAAGACUGUGAAGACAGAUAAUGCCAAAAAGCUGGUCAAAGAAAACUCUAAAGACACUGUUAUUUUGGUAGGUUACAAAUGUCUGAAAAAUACAAACAUGGAGGACUUCUCCAAAUCUCAUGAAGGCAGGCCUUCACUUUUACAGAAAGAAGGGCUGGACCCAAAGAUGGUAGAAUUUGCUUGUGAAAAAAAAGCACAAUUGAAACAAUUUGGACAAACUCAAGAACUGAAUUUAUGGGCAAAUAAUAUAGACAAAUUUACAGAUGCUUCCAGAAAAAAUGCAAUUACUCAGCUGAAUCAGGAUAAAAGUGUACAUGAUGGCACGUCAGUAAUUUCAGAUGGUCCUGCUAACUUAUUAUUGCACAGUUUGCCCCAGGCUGGUCCUGGAGUUAAAAUUACUGAUCCUGCAUUCUUACUUCAGUCAUCAAAUGAUGGUUGUUUUGAGCAGCAUACAGCUUCAACAUUAGGAAUUAGAAAAAUUGAAGUUAAGCCAAGCUCUAGAAAUCCCUUUGAGGGAGAGAAAGUGACUGUCAUUAUGGCCUCAAGACCAGAAUCUCAAGAGACUAGACCAUUACCAGAUGUUUUGCAACCUUUUAACUGCCCAGCAUUAAAUACUGUUUCUAGAGUUAAAACACAGGAGCAAGACUUAGCACUUGAAAAGGUUGCCUUUCACGACAGUAGUUGCAGACAUUUUGGGAAUAAUUUACACUGCGCACAUAUUUGUCCUGCAAAGGAUUUUCAAGUAGUUGUAAGUGGAGAUGCUAUUAAAUUACCAGAUGUUAAUGUGACAUGUGCAUCAUCUCGAUUAUCAGAUUCAGGCUUUGAAAGUGAACCUAGUUCAUCUGCGACACAUCCUCACACAGAAGCUACUUCUGUAGUAGACCAUGUCCCUCUUAACAGUGAGAAAUCAUAUCCUCUCAUUUUAUUAAAGCCAGAACCACAUUUAAGAAUUUGUGCAGAAGGUCAGCGUACAGAAAGUACUAGUGCUGUAAGUGAAAUACUGUCCUCUCUGACUUCUAUAAACUCUCUACCAUCUGAUGAUGAGGAUGAUCAGUCACCAGAUGAAAGUUUAAAAAUAUCUCAUGAAUGUCAGUUGAGUGACAGUCGCACAGUGGUGGAUUUAGGAGCACUUGAAGUACUGAAAUCUGAUACCAACAUUAACUCUAGUAUUACAGUACAGCAGCAAAAUGUCAUAUUUCUGGGAGACACUGACACUGAGGCUGUCUCAUAUUCAGGUUCCGAACCUCUACAAGCUUCUCUUUAUAAAGAUGAUACAGCAUUGAAUACUGGUAGUUGCAGCUCACAGGCAGAAUGUAUUGUAGAGAAUGAAAAAAUUAAAGAUUCUCAGGAAAAUACUGUGAAACCUAUUGCAAAGCAAAUAUUUGAACUAAACUCAGAAGUUAUCCAUCUUGGAGAACCGUACACUGUUUCAGGUUUAGUAACCAGUAAUGCCACAAGUACUUCAUUGAAAAACGCUGAACUUGAGUCAAUGGAAAUAAAAGGAUCAGAAAACAACCAAAUCUCAAAUAUUAGUCUGGUAUCAUCUACCAGUAGCACUGACAUUGUGAAACAAGGGUUGGUAGAAAACUAUUUUGGUUCAAGGAGCAGCACAGACAUUUCUGAUACUAGCCCUUUUGACAAUGCCAGUUCUACUGGUUUCUGCAUCACCAGCUUUCAACAGGAGGAAGAGGAAGACCUUGAAAUGAUUGAAAAUGGAUAUUAUGAAGAAGGAGAAUACAACAAUGAUAUGGAUGAUGCAGCAAAUACUUAUUAUGAGGUCUGUGAAGGUCUUAUGGAAGAUAAGUCUUUACGAGCUGAACGGAUAGCAAGUGAGCAUCUAAGAGAUGGAACUAAUUUGCCGGGUGUUUGUACUCCUAGUUGUUUGUCAUUUUCUUCAGCUCUGAGAGAUUCACCUUCCAGCUCUGGGUUUGUUACAAGGAGUAAACUUGAUGCUGUUACAAAGCAGCCUGGCAGCACAACCAUUAGUUCAGUUUCUUCUCUGUGCUGGUAUGAAAGCUGCCCUAAACAUCAGAUGCUGGGUUUCCAACAAGCCAAAGAAGACCUGAAACAGUUAAAACUUCCAGGAUUUUUGUAUAGUGAUGUUCCUCUCCUGGCUUCUACAGUACCUUACUAUAGCAUGGAAGAAGAUGAGAGCUCAGAAGAAGGCAUCCAUCUGAUAGUUUGUGUCCAUGGCCUAGAUGGCAACAGUGCAGACCUUCGGCUGGUGAAAACAUACAUUGAACUUGGAUUACCAGGAGGAAGAAUAGAUUUUCUGAUGUCUGAAAGGAAUCAGAAUGACACUUUCGCAGAUUUUGAUUCCAUGACAGACCGUCUUCUGGAUGAAAUAAUACAAUAUAUUCAAAUUUAUAGCUUAACGGUUUCUAAAAUCAGCUUUAUAGGUCAUUCAUUGGGCAAUUUAAUAAUACGGUCUGUGCUUACAAGGCCUCGGUUUAAGUAUUAUCUAAACAAGCUGCAUACUUUCCUUUCUCUGUCUGGACCACACCUUGGCACACUCUACAAUAGCAGUACACUAGUCAAUACAGGGCUGUGGUUCAUGCAAAAAUGGAAAAAAUCCGGGUCGUUGUUGCAGCUGACCUGUCGAGAUCACUCAGAUCCACGACAAACAUUUCUGUACAAGCUCAGUAAAAAAGCAGGCCUCCAUUAUUUCAGAAAUGUUGUGCUUGUGGGAUCAUUACAAGAUCGCUAUGUUCCAUAUCACUCUGCCCGAAUUGAGAUGUGUAAGACAGCUUUAAAAGAUAAACAAUCAGGGCCAUUUUAUGCUGAGAUGAUCCAGAACUUGCUUUUGCCAGUCCUACAAAACAAGGAGUGUAAUUUGGUCCGUUAUGAUGUUAUCCAUGCAUUGCCCAACACAGCUAAUUCACUGAUAGGUCGGGCAGCACACAUUGCGGUGCUAGAUUCUGAAAUAUUUUUAGAGAAAUUUUUUCUUGUUGCUGGCCUUAAAUAUUUUCAGUAGGAGUUGAGUCAGUGUAAGAAAAAUAGCUAUUACCUCAUAAAAGAAUGAAACACAAAGUGUGUAAUAAUUAAGUAUUAGUUGCCUCUGAGUUUUAAAAUAUAUUUAUACUUUUUAUAUGGAAGGUAAAUUAUAUUACCGUGCUUAAAUGUUUGUCACAUUCAUGGUUUGUUAGGUUAUACAUGGUUGUGCAAUACUUCAUUUCUAAAUGUUAUUUUACUGUCACUUUUUUCUUAUUUAGUUUAUGUAAUUUCAGGAUUGGCCUUUUUAAGUAUCAACUUCAGACUCAUUUUGUGUAAUCCUUUAAAGUAUUUCUGUGCUGUAAUGAACAUAUUCAUAGACAGAGACCAGAGGUGUCCAAACAAAAGCUAAUUUAAGAUUUUUUAAUCUAUUUUCUUCUCUUUUUUCUUUAUUUAACAGAUUAUGUUUUAAAGUGUUUAACUGGAAAUGCAAACAAAGCUGCUAAAUGAAAAUGUACAUUUUCAGAACUACUACAUCUGUCUGUCUGAUGCUUAUUAUUCAGUGGAAUGACCAAGCAGUUGCUUAUAUGUCACUGUCACUAGAAGUUUGAAACUUCAUUUAUUUUUUUUUUUUCUACAAAAAAAAUGAAUCACUAGAUGUGCGUUUUACUUGGGGUGGGAUUUCUAUUGAUAUGAAUAACAUUUAAUAAGCACAGAUGUUUAUAUUAUUGAAAUUCCUGUUUUAAAAAUUAUGGUGCAUACAGUACUGGAAAAAGUGGCUUUUUGAAUGUAGUUUAUAUUUAAUGCUGCCUUGAAAUAGCCUUGGGUUGAAGGAGGACAUUAUUUAAUAAAAUGUUUAAGAAAAAAAUAUUUGGACUAGGCAUGCAGAAGCACAUUUAAAACAUUUGUUCCCUUGUAUACAGAAACAACGAACUUUAGUAAAAUUACAAGUUUUGGGCAAAAGUCAAUAUUCAUAUUUCUAACAUUUGUAUAUUUUAAAUGUUUUUUUUUUUUUUAAGUUUAAAGAUGGCUUAUGGGUUGUUGCAGUGCAUUACCAUGUAUAACAGCAACUGGAAUAAAAUAACUUUUAAAUAUUUUGAUACAAAAUGUCAUCUUAUAUUUGUUUUAUCUUGGCCAUGUAUUAAUCUUGUUGACAAAAAGGCUUUUCCUUUUUAUUUGAUAUUGUAUUUCAUGAACAAUGCAAUGAUGGGAUGUCAUUUCUACUGUUACCAGACAUACUUUAAUUUUGCUAAGAUGUACUAUAUAACUAAUGCAUGCACUUAUUUCUUCUCUAUUUUCAAAACUAUAGUAUUUGCUAUAAAAUCAUGGGACAGUUAAAAAAAACUGAAAUGUCUUACUGGGGUGAAUAACUGUAUAUAUUUAUUGUCAUAUAGUAAAGAUUGUACAGAUUUGUAUGACUUAUGCACAGAAAAACUGAGGGUGUGGUUCCUUUUCCUUUCAAUCCUAGUGCAGAUUUGAAUGUGCUUUGUACCAAAUUUAAUAUGUGAAAAUCUUGGAUGCUUUGCUUUUUAAUUUUCAUGUUUGUGAAUUAUUUUGCUGAUUGUAUUUAAAAACCUUGUGUUGUUUUACUGACCUUGUUACAAAACAAAUAUAUAUAUUGUUUUCUAAGAUGAUGUAGU